CCCGCCCCGCCCCGCCCCAACGGCUGUCGCCAGCCGCGGCCGGCCACGCCGUUUGACCCUCGGCCGCUUCCGUACCGCGCGUCAGCCGGCGGCAGCGCGUGGCCCAUGGAGCGGAGCGCGGCGGCGGUGCGGCGGCUCCGCGCGCCCGGUGGCGGUGGCGGUGGCGAGCUGCGGGACCCGCAACGGCCGCCGGCGCGGGGCGGCGACGACGAGGACGGCGCUUGUGCCGCGGGCGGGAAGAAGCGGGGCGGGCCGCGGCGGCGGGCGCUGGCCGAGGCGCGGGGGGUGCCGCUGGUGCUGCUGUACCUGCUGGGGCUGCGGGCGCUGGUGCAAGUCUCGCAGCGGCAGCUGCUGAGCCGGCCGGGCCGCGGCGGGGCCCGCGACUUCAGCGCCCUCCGCGCCAGGCGGUAUCUUGAUGACAUAACCGCAAUUGGACCCAGAACAGUUGGAAGUCCAGAAAACGAAAUUCAUACAGUUAACUACCUCAUAGAACAAAUUAAGGCAAUUGAAGUUGAAAGCACAGAUGCUCACAGGAUUUUUGUAGACAUACAGAGGCCCACAGGCUCCUUCAGCAUUGACUUUUUAGGAGGCUUUACCAGUUAUUAUGCAAACAUAACCAAUAUUGUAGUGAAACUGGAACCCCGAAAUGGAGCUGAACAUGCAGUAUUAUCCAAUUGCCACUUUGAUUCUGUGCCGAAUACUCCAGGUGCCAGUGAUGAUGCUGUCAGCUGCUCAGUGAUGCUUGAAAUACUUAACACUCUCUCAAAAUCAUCAGAGUCCCUGCAGCAUGCUGUCAUAUUCUUAUUUAAUGGUGCAGAAGAAAAUAUUUUGCAGGCUAGUCACGGCUUCAUUACACAACAUGAGUGGGCCAAGUCAAUUAGAGCUUUUAUUAACCUGGAGGCAGCAGGUGUAGGAGGGAAAGAACUUGUUUUUCAAACAGGACCUGAAAAUCCUUGGUUGGUACAAGCAUAUGUAUUUGCAGCUGAACAUCCCUUUGCCUCUGUGGUGGCACAGGAAGUAUUUCAAAGCGGUAUUAUCCCAGCAGAUACAGACUUCCGUAUCUACAGGGACUUUGGCAACGUUCCAGGAAUAGACUUGGCUUUUAUUGAAAAUGGUUACAUUUAUCAUACAGAAUAUGACACAUCAGACAGAAUUUUAACAGAUUCCAUUCAGAGAGCUGGUGAUAACAUUUUAGCUGUCCUAAAAUACCUAGCAACAUCAGAUAGGUUGGCUAAAUCUUUUGAGUAUCGACAUGGAAAUGUUGUCUUCUUUGAUAUACUUGGUCUGCUUGUCCUGGCUUAUCCUGCUCGUGUUGGCACCAUCAUGAACUAUAUAAUAGCAGCAAUUGCUGCUCUUUAUUUAAGCAAAAAAGUAUUACAGCCUAAAACCAGAGCUCUGAAUAACCUGAAGAAAUUCUCUACUGCGUUUGGCCUAACAUUGCUAAGCUGGAUCUCUGCACUGGUAACCGUCUUUAUUGUGGCAGUGUUCAUCUCUCUCAUUGGACGGUCUCUUUCUUGGUAUACCCAUUUCUACGUCUCUGUCUCUCUGUAUGGCACUGCAGCUACAGCUAAGCUCAUUUUUGUGCAUACACUAGCCAAGAAGUUCUUCUACAAGAAUAUGAAUGAGCAGUACCUGGGAGAUGUGUUUUUUGAUGCCUCAUUGAUGGUCUGGUCUAUAGCAUUGGCUAUACUUACUCAGAUAGGCCUUUGUUCAGCAUUCGUUUGUACAUUAUGGGUAGUGUUUCCUUUAAUCACGAAGCUGAUGAUCCAUAACGAAUUCAGACAAAAAGGUGCCACGAUGAGGUUUGUUAUGAUGUACAUGCUGGGAAUGUUUGUUCCGUAUCUAUAUUUGAUGUACCUCAGUUGGACUGUAUUUGAAAUGUUUACCCCUAUCAUGGGACGAAGUGGUUCAGAAAUUCCACCAGAUGUAGUAUUGGCAGGAUUAAUUGUGGCCAUCACUGUGAUUCUGUCAUCCUAUUUCAUUAACUUUGUUUACCUUGUCAAAAGCACAAAAAUGACACUAGUAACUUUAACUACUGUGUUUGUCGUCACUCUGCUGCUGGUUUGUAGUGGAAUCUUCUUUCCUUACAGUUCUGAUUCCAUUAAUCCAAAGCCUAAGCGAGUCUUUCUCCAGCAUACAAGCAGAAGAUUUCAUGAUCUAGAUGGAAACUUGGUUAAAAGUGACUCUGGUAUAUGGAUUAAUGGAUUUGAUUAUAAUGGCAUAUCUCACAUAACUCCCCAUGUACCUGAAAUCAAUGACACCAUUAGGACUCAGUGUGAGGAGCGGGCUCCUUUUUGUGGCCUUCCUUGGAUUCUGCCAGUGCAUUUUAUGUUCCGGAAAAACUGGUAUCUUCCUGUUCCAGAAAUUUUGCCAACAAGCCCUGUUCUCUUUAAAGUUCUGGCCAAAGAGCUAAUGCCUUGGAAUUCCGUGAGGUUAAAUUUUGAAGUAUCUGGUCCCAGUCACAUGUCGCUGUAUAUUCGACCACAUGAAGGGUCAACUCUCUCCACCUGGUCUCUUGGAGACGGAAGGCCAGUUGCUAGCAUAGGAGGAGAUUACUUUGUGUUUUACUCCCAUGGGCUGCAGGCUACAGCAUGGCACUUCUGGAUAGAAUUGACAGCUUCAGAAGAGCACACUGAUGGAAUAGUCUCCCUUGCCAUAGCAGCACAUUAUUUCUUUGGGAAGGAUCAAAAGUCACCUCAACUCUAUGCCUUACUGGAGAGACUUCCAGACUGGGUAUUUUCUUCUGGUUGGUCCUCUACUUAUGACCUUUUUGUCUUUUAAUGUGGCAAUACUGCGAAGAUAAUAGGCUAAUCUCUCUGUCAUAGGAUGCUGCUGUAAUAAACUUUGAAAUUUUGACAAGAUGCCAGAGACUUUCAUGAAAACUUAAAUACAAAUGGUGUUUCUCUGGCAGUUUGACUAUUUAAAGGCUAAAUGGGGCUACUGCUCUCUGGGUUUCUGGGGAAAAUGCAAUGCUCUGUGUUGAUACCAGUACAGUUCAGCUGGUUCUUCCACUGAAGUGGCAGUUUGACUAGCGUGGUUCUUAACAUGAAGACUGCAUUUGAGGAGGUAAUACUAGCAUAAUACAAUAGCAGUUGUAAUGAGAAGGGCCUAAUGAAGAAAUAACUUUGUUACGCUGAAUAUAACAGUACCUCAUACACAUGUGGUUGCAUUUCCAGUCACUGGCAAAUGCACAGUGCAGAAAACUAGAUAUCAUGUAAUAUGGUAAUUCUUCUAGAUUAUCUUUUUCAAAUUUUCUUUCUGUUAAAAAUUUACUGCCUGCCCUUUUGCCUGUGUCUUUAGUGUUGCAACUUGACUAGGUAAGUUUGACCAAACUAUCAUCUUGCACUUGUCCCUGUUGGGAUCUUUGGGUAUCAGCAUAUUAGCAUGUGACUUGAUCUCUUUCAUAUGAGAGUUCUGAGUCACCACUCCUUUGUGUAGAUAUCUUAUAAUUAAUUCUAAAUUUCUGGUUAUACAGCUAAUUCUAAUAAAUAAGCGUAUUUUUGGUAUCUCCUUUGGAGAGACUUUUGGUGGUAUGACAGUAUUGCACUUUUAACACUUUCACAUUUAGCUUUCUUUUUUUCUUCUUCUUCUUCUUUUUUUUUUUUUUUUUUUUUUUUACACUGAAGUUUGCUUUCCAUAAGGAAAAGUAUCAAGAAGUGUUCUUAAAAAGAGUAUCUAAUACCUGUGGAUUAUCUUAUUUCCACAGGAUGGGGCUUACAAAUGAUGUUAAGAGAGUUGGAAUAGCUUCUAAUUUUAAUUGACAAGCCUUGAGGUUUGAAGCCACUUACCUGUUUUUUUAUCCCCAAGGGGUGUGUGUGUGUUUUGCCCCCUCCCCCCCAGCACAAUGUAUUAGCUAACAUAUUAAUGUCUGAAAUUCAAAGAAAUCUCUGUAUCUGAAGAAACUUUAUUGUUUUUUCCAUGCUAACUAUAAAAUAUUCAGUGACAUCAACACCACACUGUAACACAGACUUCAUGUUUUGUUCAUCUCAGGAGCAUUGCCAAGUAACAUGCAAAGCAGCGUUUUGUGCAUGCCUCGUCAUAUCAGAUAAAAAGCAUUAGUACUGGGAAGUCUGCAGGGCAUGUGGAAGAAAUUUUUUGACACUUCUUAAUGUGCUGUAAUCCCUGACAGCAGUUGCAUGAUCAAUAUUUUGCCUUGGCAUUUAAAUCCUUCAAAUUUUUCUGCAGUUGGGUAUGUAAACAGCAUGAAACAGUCUUAUUUGUUGCAAGAUACACUUGCAAAGAUUGUGUGACUGAGUCAUGGACCAGGGUAAGAGGUUUAAUUACUGUAAUUAUACUGAACUGGACAUCAGUCUCCUUAAAUAAAACUAAUGGAUUACACUAAUGUGUGUUAAUUGUCAUUUGGUUGUAUCUGAUUUUAAAGUACAAUAUAUUAUGCAUUCAUUAUUUUUUUUAAAUAAGUCAUUUUUAAAGUCCUUUAAAAGAAGAGUUCAUAACUUAGAUGUUUGAAUCUUAACAAAUAUAUUUUUUGUAUUGCACUGUUGCCUAGCUGAUGCACAGCUACUCAGCUAAAGUUGCACUGAUUUAUUCACUGUCUUCCUCAGUUUUGAUUUCAUUUGGAUUUUUUUCUUCUAAUUUGAAGCUUUAAGGUGUUGCAUGAAGAAUAUGUACUGAGAGCCAAAAAAAUUAAACAUGCCUGUUAGAAAUUUCUGGAACUUCAGCAAAGCAAUAACUCUUGCUAACUCAGGAUUUAUCCUUUAUUAAGUAAUUAAACUGAGGGAUGUCUAGUUUUUUUUGUAUAUUUCUGCCUUUGUAAAUAAAAGUGAAAUUUGAUUAGUGUUCA